AAAUAUAUAAAAUGACUAGAUACAUCUCCUCUGAGACCAUGAUUUCUUUUUCUUCUUCCCAUUGAAUAUGGUAGUAAUUCGCGGCGGCGACGAAGCUCCAGUUGCCCUAACCGAAGAAAAUGAAGAUAUCAGUGAAGAUGGAGAUGGAGAUGGCUAUGAAGAUGAUGAGCUUAACUACGACGACCUCAAGCAGCGCAUGCGGAAGGACCAGCGCCGGCUUCAGAAGAUGGAGAACGAGCAGGAAAUGAUUCGUGUUCACGGCGGCCCCAAACCGACUGAUCUAUGGCAAGAGAGAUCUCGUCGCAAGAAGUUAGGUAGGGCACAGAACACUAUCCUAAAUCAUAUGACCAAGAUAAUGGAAGUCUGCAAGGGGAAAGGAUUCGUCUACGGAAUCGUGCCGGAGAAGGGGAAACCGAUGACGGGAUGCUCUGAUAGCCUACGCCAAUGGUGGAAGGAGAAGGUAAGAUUCGACAUAAACGCCCCCGCUGCUAUUUCCGACUUCUUACCGAUCAUCGAUCUAAUCGAGAAUUCAGACGAUCCGAUUUCAUGCAUCCAUUUGCUUCAAGAAUUGCAGGACACGACGUUGGGUUCGUUGAUUUCAGCCCUAAUGCAACAUUGUUAUCCUCCCCAGAGGACGUUCCCUUUAGAUAAGGGGUUAUCGCCACCAUGGUGGCCCAAUGGGCUUGAAAUAUGGUGGGGAGAACAAGGGAAUAUAGCCCAUAAACAAGGCCCACCACCUUACAAGAAGCCACACGAUUUGAAAAAGGCAUGGAAAGUCUCGGUUUUGGCUGCAAUCAUAAAGCACAUGUGCCCUGGUUUCAAUAGAAUGAGGAAUUUGGUUGUCCAAUCCAAGUGCUUGCAAGAAAUUACCCAAUUGGGUGGUGGUGGUGGUGGUGGUGACAAAAGGAAGAGUGUUUUUGACCAGAUUUCAACGGAGGCCACCACUUAUGCAUGCCAAAACUCGGAAUGUUCGCUAAGCACAGGAGGCGGGUUCAGUUUUGGUGACAAGAACUUGAGGAGAGAACACGAGUCUGUUUGUGAUCACCGCCAACUAGUUGAUGAAGAAAAUACUAAUGAAAUGGAAAACCCUCAAUCCCAAUGGGGGAUGGAGGAGGGCGAAGGGGAUCAAUUGUGGGAGGAUUUAUGGGAGGAAGUAAGAGUGGAAGAUCUUGUCCAAAUCAUGAGAGAAAAUUAAUGAUGAUCAUCAUGAUCAAGAAGGGGGUUAUCAGUCAAAUUAUGAGCAGUCAGAGCAGCAGCCAUUAGAUCAUCAUCAUCAAGAGGUAGAAAGUUCAAUCUGGAACACGACGACCGAUAUGGUGAUUUCACUUUUGUGAUUCCAAGUUAAUCGAAUGCAUGUGUUAUUAUGCCCCUUCCUUUUCAAACUUGUUGUUUUGCUUGUAUUGAUUUAUGUUUGUUUUCUGAUCUUUUCUAUAAACAACUUGUGGUUGUACUCUCAA